CGUGACCCAGGUUUCCAGCCUCGCCAUUUUGCAAUGUGGCGCCACAGAGGCCACUUUUGGACGAGGGCCGAAUAAAAGCCGCUGAAAGUGUUGGAUGAUUCCACGCGGUCAUGGAGGACAUCAACAAGGUCGCCUCCACGCCGGCUGCGGGUCAGCAGGACGCCGACCCUCCUCCGAGGUCGCAGCACAAACCGGCCGCCAACUCUCUCAUCCAAGUCAUCGAGAAGCUGAGUAGGAUUGUGGAGGAGCGACCUCGCAAGAUGGCGCUCCAGGGCGGAGGAGGAGCCUCACCCUGCAAGAAGGCGAAGGUGGACUUUGCGUGCUACCAGUGCAGCCUGUGUCCGUACAUGUCCACCACGCUGGCGCUCCUCAAGCAGCACCUGAAGCAGCACGACAAGCAGCACCAGGACCUCAUCCUCAUGUGCUCCGAGUGCUGCUUCAGCUCCCCGGACCAGGCGCAGCUGGAGGAGCACGUCAGGAUGCACCUGGACCCCGCACACGCCAAGGACUCGCCGGCGUGGGACCCUCUGGGCCCGGGCGGGGAGGAGAAGAAGUGGUACAGCUACGAGGACUACGGCUUGUACCGCUGCCUGAUCUGCAGCUACGUGUGCAGCCAGCAGCGCAUGCUCAAGACGCACGCCUGGAAGCACGCCGGCCUCCUCCACUGCUCCUACCCCGUCUUCGAGGAGGAGGCGGAGCCUCCCGCCAAGCGCGACACCCCCGCGCAGAAGCAAGUGGUCCUCCUCCCGCCGCUGGUGCAGGAAACCAUCCUGCACGAGCUCCCGCCGGCCUCCAGGCUGCACACAAGCGCUCCUCUUCCACUCGCCGGCCAGCAGGAGCUUCUGAGUCUGCCCGGCGUGACGCCAGACCAGCACGGCGUGAAAGUCCUGACCCCCGGCAAGCCCGUCAUGGAGGUGCACCUGACCACUGAGGCGGAGGCCGACACGUCUUCGGUAACGGACAGCCUGCUGUCGUCGGCGCAGAAGAUCAUCAACAACGACCCCAACAGCGCCGGACACAUGAACGUCAUCGUGGAGCGCCUGCCCUCGGCCGAGGACGCCAUCAUGGCUGCCAGUCCGCUUCUGCUCGCCCCCCAUGUGGAAGCUCCCAGCCUGGGGGAGGAGGAGCAACAUCCUGGCGGAGAGGAGCUCGCCGGCCACAGACCCUCCUCAGUUCCAAGUAGUGACCCUCCCAGGGAUGAGAACGUACCCCCAGCCGCCCGCAAGAGGACGCACUCGGAGUCGCUGCGUCUUCACUCCUUGGCGGCCGAGGUCCUGAUCGCCAUGCCCAUGAGGACCGCCGCCUCCACAACAGCCGGCGCCGGCCAAAAAGUGGCAGAGAUGUCCGCAGGUGGACUCGAGCCCUCAGAGGAAACGGAAACCCUGCUGGACACGGACCUUACUCGCAACGUCAAGGACGACGAAAGUCCCGCCUCCAAAGCCGGCAUCAGCUUGUCUCUGCUUACCGUCAUCGAAAGACUGCGAGAGCGCUCGGACCAGAACGCCACCGACGAGGACAUCUUGAAGGAGCUUCAGGACAACGCCCAAAUCCACGGCGGCAGCGUGCCGGAUCAACUGGCGGCGCCGGCCGACGGAGGCUUGGUGGACUACAUCCCGGGUAGCGAGAGGCCGUACCGCUGCCGCCUGUGCCGCUACAGCAGCAACAACAAAGGGUACAUCAAGCAGCACCUGCGGGUGCACCGCCAACGCCGACCUUACCAGUGUCCCAUCUGUGAGCACGUGUCCUCGGACAGCCAGGACCUGCAGAGUCACAUGAUGCACCACUGCAAGACCAGGAUGUACCAGUGCCCGCACUGCCCUCAAGCCUUCCACUACAAGAGCCAGCUGAGAAGUCACGAGCGAGAGCGUCACAGCGAGUGUGACACGCCCACACUGACCACGCCCACACUGACCACGCCCACACUGACCACGCCCACACUGAGGGUGGUGUCAGAAAGGGCGAGUGUGGUGGAAGAAUGUGAAGGUGAAGCAGACCAAGAUGCGUCACAGAAGAUGUACAAGUGUGACAAGUGUGACUACACCAGUGCCACCUAUCUGGGUGUGAGGAACCAUCGCCGCAUACACAACACUGACAAACCUUAUAGGUGCUGCAGCUGCGACUUCGCCACCAGCAACAUGAGCCACCUGAAGAGUCACAUGAAGACACACCCUGAGGAGCAGACGCUGGAUCAGUACAGGUGCUCGCUGUGCGGCUACAUGUGCAGCCACCCUCCCUCCCUCAAGUCGCACAUGUGGAAGCAUGCGGGAGACAAGAACUACAACUACGAGCAGGUCAACAAGGCCAUCAACGAGGCCAUCUCUCAGAGCAGCAGAGCUCCUGUCCGGGUGUGCACGCUGCCGGCUCCUUUCAAGGUGUGCACGCUGCCGGCUCCUGUCAAUGUGUGCACUCUGCAGGCUCCCGUCAAGGUGUGCACGCUGCAGGAGUCCACCGCCAAGGAGCUAGACCACACCUCGCACUUGACCAGUGACCAAGGACAGGUCCAGCUGCAGCCCCGCCCCAACAUGGAGUACUGCGUCCUGCUCUUCUGCUGCUGCAUCUGUGGCUUGGAGUCUCCCAGCAAGGAGAGUCUACUGGCACACAUGAAGGAGCACGAGGGCGACCUGGUCAACAUCAUCUUGAACAAGCAGCAGGAAGCAUGA